AUGGCCGAAGCAGCCCGGGAAGUAUCUUCUCAAGAUUCACAAGAGUCCGUGUCAAGUGCUCGAAGACAAAUGGACGAAGAUUGGCCUCCACAAGGACUAGCAAACGCUUGCGAACUCUCGAGUGGGUUCGAAACUUCCACCAACGUUCAACGGCCAAACCGACAACAUUCAUUCUGUGACCCUUCUCUGGACCACCAGAGACCUAUGUAUCAGAGAGACGACGAGGACGAGCCGAGACAGCCUUCGUAUGCGCAACUGAGAGAGACACCUAGAGAUGACCUGUCAAAUGAGGAAUCAGCAUCUAUAUGCGACGAUAGCGACAAGGAAAACACACCACCGGAAGCGGGAUACAAGGGUGCGACGUUUCAUGAUAAGCUUCGGGGGACUAUAGAGUGCGAUAUUGGUGAUAAUAGUGUCGGUCGCUGUGUCAGCAUCAGCAUCACUUUGCCAACUCCUGAGAGCACUUCCAGUAUCGACUUGAAAGUCUCGGUCGGACUCCGAAAGGAGAACAGACAAGGUCGAGGCAGCAAGCGAAACGGUAGAUCAGGCCGGGUCUCCAAAAGAAGAAACAGGGCCUCAAGUACCUACAGCGGAAGGGCAGGCGGCAUGAGAGACAGCGGAGAUCGUCUUUGA